UACUGUGUCUUUUUUCCUCCUUAAUUUGUCUGCCUGUCGGUGUUUAGAUAGAAGUCAUGUGAGCUUUUGAGCUGCUGGGACUGAGAGAGAGGAGAAUGUGUGCAUUAGUGCAGAGUGCUGCCGGAGACCUGGCAGAGUGAGAGAGAGACAGAGAGAGGGAGAAUAGAAAGGGGAAGUGGUUGGAGUUGUAGCAGCAGCUGCUGCUGCCGCUACUUGGGAGCUCAUGCCUGGGAUUCUGCUCAACUUCCAGUGCGUUCCUACCUCUCCAGAGAUGCAGAUGCUCUGGUUUCAGAAGUCCUAAAAGAUCAGUGAUGCCUCCAACAAGUAAAAGGAUGUGUCUAUACUUCUAAGACCAUUUCUCUGGGGACGGCUCCUUUUCCAGGACAGAAAGAGUGUAUUUGACUUAUUCAGCCUCCACUCUCGUCCACGUCUCUUCUCUGCCUGUAGUGGCCCUCAUGGGGUCCCCAGUACAAAUUUUUCGUGAAGAUCCAGGCUCUACCUGCUCCCCAGGUACCUGCUUCCUUCCCACCACCAGCAGCAGCAGGCUUCUGGGCUGGGCCGACUAUGACAACAAUGCCAGUGAUGCUUACGAGGACUUGCAGCAGAACCACACCAACAUUUCCCCAGCUAUCCCAAUUAUCAUCACCGCUGUCUACUCCAUGGUCUUUGUGGUUGGCUUAGUGGGCAACUCGUUGGUCAUGUUUGUCAUCAUAAGGUAUACAAAGAUGAAGACAGCAACAAACAUCUAUAUUUUCAAUCUGGCUCUCGCAGAUGCUUUAGUUACCACUACUAUGCCUUUUCAAAGUACAGAGUACUUGAUGAACUCAUGGCCUUUUGGGGAUGUGCUGUGUAAAAUUGUUAUUUCAAUUGACUAUUACAACAUGUUUACCAGCAUAUUCACAUUGACCAUGAUGAGUGUUGAUCGAUACAUUGCUGUGUGUCACCCUGUGAAGGCUCUGGAUUUUCGUACUCCUCUCAAAGCAAAGAUAAUCAAUAUAUGUAUCUGGCUGUUGUCCUCAUCAGUGGGUAUAUCUGCAAUUGUUCUUGGAGGAACCAAAGUCAGGGAAGAUACGGGUAGUACUGAAUGUUCUUUGCAGUUUCCAGACACGGAUUAUGUGUGGUGGGACAUCUUCAUGAAAAUAUGCGUCUUCGUCUUUGCAUUUGUUAUUCCAGUUCUUAUUAUAAUUGUUUGCUAUACCCUGAUGAUCCUGCGCUUGAAAAGUGUCCGACUCCUCUCAGGGUCUCGAGAAAAAGACCGAAACCUACGUCGUAUUACCAGAUUGGUUCUUGUGGUUGUGGCAGUUUUCAUUAUCUGUUGGACUCCCAUUCACAUUUUUGUGCUGAUUGAGGCACUAGGGGAUGUAUCCCAUAGCACUGCAGCAAUUUCCAGCUAUUAUUUCUGUAUUGCCUUGGGUUACACCAAUAGCAGCCUAAAUCCAAUCCUGUAUGCUUUUCUGGAUGAAAAUUUCAAGCGAUGUUUCAAGGACUUCUGCUUUCCUUUUAAGAUGAGGAUGGACAGGCAGAGCACCAGUAGAGUCAGAAACACAAUCCAAGACCCUGCUUAUACAAGGGAUGCAGAUGGGACAAACAAACCGGUAUGACUAGUCGUGGAGAUGUCAUCUUAUUGUCCUCAAGGAAGAGAAGAAUCAAAUGAUUUAGGACUAACUCAGAUAACUACUGCCGUUUGAGUGCAGUUUGCCACACAGAGACAUUUUUGGUAAUAUUUAAGAGCUCUCAUAAUCUGAAGUAAAAUAAAUGAGAUCCAGGUGAUACUUAUGAAUGAGGUACUCCCAAAAAAUAAGCUCAGUGGAAAAAAAGAUCGGCUCUGCAGUUUAGGGAUCAUGCUUUCCAUAUUGCUGAGCAGGUAGUAAGACACUCACUUCUUGCAAGACAGGGAAAGCUUAAUACCAUAAUAAGCUCAAAAAAUGGCUCAAAAUGAAAAUGUUCCUUAUUACAGCUUUCUUCUUAUGGUGUGUAUCUGUCAUUACCAUAUAUUAAACAUUUGGUCAUAACAUUAAUUUGAAUGAUUGCAAAAACUCCAAUUUUUCCUUUAAAUUGUCAGAAAUGAGUAGUAGUCAUCCUAAUUUAUUUUGCUUUUUAACAAAGAACACUCUCAGUUCUGAACCUACAGAGCAUAACAGAAUCAAAACCUUUAUCAGCUACUUUGUGUGAACUAAUGUAUGUUUGUCUGUGAUGUAGAAAUCCAAUUUAAGCAUGAUCUGUCUUCAAACCAAAGUGAUUUUAUCGUGUCUAUAUUGUGAAGACUUUUCAGUGUUAAAAAAAACAAACAGAUUUAAGGACAAAGUAUUAAUAUAUUUUUGCAUAUAUUGUCUCAGAUGAUGCUUAAUGUAUUUGUGUGAUUCUCCAGAAUGUUGUAUAUCUAUUGAAUGUGGAUAUUAUAUUAUUCCUUUCAACUUGUUUUACAGAAAAUACUAGAAAAUGCAAAUUCUUGCAUUAAAUUACUGAAAACUAGUAUAACAUUUAUAAUACAACCAAAUAAUUGGAUUCAGGUUUAAAUGUUUAUGUGCAGUGAAUCAGAAAAUGGGCAUAUGUAAUAUAUUAGCUCUUCUUAAUAUUUAAACUAUUAACUAUUUAAACACAUUAAAAUAAGCAUAUGUUUGGGGACUCUUUAUCAUACAAUGUAGUAAAUUCCCACCCACAUUACUUGGCUUGUGUACCACUCAAAAUCUCGAGAAUGGGAGUUAUUCUUUUUGAUGCAGUGUCCUACAUUGUGCUCAUGAAAGCGCUCCUUGUAUCUUUAUUUACAGAAACAGUUUUAGCCCCCAGACACUCCUGAAAUGAUUAAAUAUUAUCUAUUUUUUUCUACAAAGAUAGGGAAGCCAACGGAGAGAUAACUGACUUGUCUAAGGUAAACUUACCACAGAAAUGAAACUAAACUAUAGAUACCCAGUCUCUAUGCCAGUGAUAUACAACCAGGGUGCCAUGACAUCCUUUGAAGGGUGCUGGAGGGCACUACACAAUGUUAUCACUGUUAUGUGCACAAACAUUAUUCACAAGAUAAACCUAGAAAUUUGUCAUAGGAAUCUAUAGUGUUAAAAAUAUUCUGACCUGUUGUGGUCUUUCUGAGUUCUUUGCAACAAAAUAAUUGCUCUUUGUCUGUAGUUUAAAAAAAAUGGAGUGAAAAGUACAAGUUGACAUUUUCUGAGUAGUGACUUGAGUCUACCAAAAGGUGCUUUGAGUUUAACAAAGUGAGAACCAUUGCUUUAUGCUGCCAUCUAUUGGAUCAACACAUUGUUCCUAAUUUUGCUCCCACUGAAAUUAAUGGGAACUCUUUUGUUGGUCUAUAAGGUGCAACUCUACUUGACUUCAGGCUAACAGGGCUAACCAUUGGAAGCUAGGCCAGCCACCAGGUGAACUGCAACUUUACAGAGAUUUCAUUGCUCACAGGCAAGUCAAGAGUAGAGCUGGGCAAAUCAUUUUCAGAAAAUAGUCUGUCUACAGAAAAAUGUAGGUGGGGAGAAGACUGAAAUCAUUUGUGACUUUUAUUUGGAUUUGGAGAAUCCUUCAACUGAAAAAAUACACAUUGAAAUUGUGAAAAAGGCUUUUUUUUAAAUAUAUUUUCAAUGACAUUUCCUAAUUUAAUUGAAAACUGAUUUUGCAUAAUGUUAAUUCUUUAGAAAAGGAUUUGAGAAGGAUGAAAUAACUUGAAAACAAAAUUAAACUUUUUGUUCUAUGUUGAUCUGAAAUUGUACUUCAGCGAAAAUAUGUAACGUUUCCAUUUUGUGUAAAUUUAGGCACACAUAUUUGUAGUUAGGUACUGAAGUCAGUGACCACACACAGACUUCAGUGAGUGUAGCUGGGUAGCCACUAUUUUCGCCACUUCAAAGUUAAGGAGCCUAACGUUUAGUUAUCCAAUACUGACAAAGUAUCUUGUUAAAUUUUCUAUUCCCUGAUUUUGUUUCAGUGAGGAACCUAACAUGAAAUAUUGGUGUGAGCACAUCAAUGAUUUCCAGAAAUGAGAUAUAUACAACUAUUGUACAUUCCUAAUUUUGAAAAUGUGGUUCUCAAUUCUUCUUUAGAAAAUCCUUGCCUAAGCUUGUAUCCUCCUUUCUAAAUAAUGUUAUAAUGUACAAAUAAUACAGAAAGAGAUCAUUUCAGGUAAAAUUCACAAUAAAAUAUUUCAAAUAUA